UUGAGUUGUUCUGUCUGAACCUGUGCUUUUUUUAAAUUGCUUUGUCACAAAAUAAAAAAUGGUCUCUCCAACACAUAAAUGGUUGGGAGGUUUUUGUUGAUAUAGCUAUUUAUAAAGACAUUGCUGCAGAUUUCUGUUCAACAGAAAUAAAGAUGCUUCCUUCCUCCCUGUGUGCUUGCAUGUAUGUGUACAUGUCAUAAAUUUGAAUUUUAUCUUUUCCCAUGUAACAGUUUGUUAUGAACCUAGGGGUAUAAGGGAUAAUUGGGCUAUAACUACUGUAACUAACAGGGAUGGGGGGAGGGUGAGUUGUUGUAUACAGUUAAGGAGUUAUAUGGGUUAGCUGAAUGUUGUUAGGGAAUUACAGGAUAGUUAGAAGGGAGCCCUUAAGAAGGCAGGUGUAAUGGUAGAAGGAGCUUUGGAAUAAUAGAACUCCACAUUUUCCAAGCCCGAAUAAAGGAGAAGGGCUGUGUUAGGUAACCGACAGCCAACGUAAAACUUAGUCGGAUUCAAAACAUGAACUUUAGACAAAUUAUGAAAAAUCGUUGGGGCGUGGGCGUAACCCUUCAUGGUGACGCGUUAUACUGCCCGCGUGUAGUGUCAAGUGAGAUAGAGCCGAUGCAUCGGCACCUGGAUGUAGUGACAAAUGAGCAAGGGUCCCUGUAUUUGCUUGGACGGAUGUCUGUAAAGAAGCUAGUCCAAAAUCAAAAUCGAAACCAAAAUAAAAAACAAAAUCAAAAUAAAAAACAAAAUCAAAUUCAAAGUCAAAGUCAAGACCAAAAACAAAAUCAUAGAUUAAAGAUUGGGUCAUGGAACAUAGGAACAUUAACAAGCAAAGCUAUGGAAGUGGUAGAUGUGAUGAUUAGGAGAAAGAUUAAUAUUAUGUCCUUUCAAGAGACGAGAUGGAUAGGGAAAAAAAAAAAAACUUUAUCAGAAACUGGAUAUAAAAUAUGGUACACAGGAAAUGAUCGAGCGAAAAAUAGAGUGAGGAUUAUUAUGGAUAAAAGCUUAGUAGAUGAGGUAGUGGAUGUAAAGAGAAUAGGGGAUAGGAUUAUCAUGGUGAAGGUUAGUCGAGGAAGAAUGACUACGAAUAUCUUUGGUACAUAUGCACCACAAGUGGGGUUAGGUAAGGAGAUAAAAGCAAAAUUCUGAGAGGACUUAGAGGGACUCAUAUAAAUGAUACCAAGAGGAGAGAAAAUGAUUAUUGGAGGUGACUUAAAUGGGCAUGUGGGUAGAGACGGAAAUGGCUAUAGAGAGGUACAUGGAGGGUAUGGAUUCGGGGAAAUUAAUAAUGAGGGUAAGUCUAUUCUAGAUUUUGCUAUGGCAUAUCGGCUCAUCAUAACCAAUACUAGGUUCAAAAAAUGGGACGAACACUUAAUCACAUAUAAAAAUGUCACAUCAAACACCCAAAUAGAUUACUUCCUCAUGAGACGAGAGGAUCGGUUAUGUUGUAGGGAUUGUAAGGUGAUACCGGGAGAGUGUUUGACUACUCAACAUAGACUUCUAGUACUUACGUCCAUGUAAGAAAUUGGAGGAGAAAAAAUCACAUAAAACAAAAUCCAAGAAUCAGUUUGGUUUCAUGCCUGGUAGGUCAACAAUAGAAGCUAUAUAUCUAUUAAGGCGCCUAAUAGAAAGGUAUCGGGAUUAUCAGAAGGACCUACAUAUGGUGUUUAUAGAUCUAGAAAAAGCUUAUGAUAGGGUCUUUAGAGAAAUAUUAUGGAGGGUUUUAGAGAAGAAAUGAGUCCGAAUAGCCUAUAUACAAGCCCUUAAGGACAUGUAUCACGGUACAGAAACAAGGGUCAGAACAUGUGGAGGGGAUAUUGAACCGUUUAAAAUUAUAAUAGGACUGUAUUAAGGUUCUGCACUAAGUCCAUACUUAUUUGCUCUAGUAAUAGAUGAACUCACUAAAGAUAUUCAGACAGAAGUGUCAUGGUGUAUGCUAUUUGACAUAGUGUUGGUGGAUGAAACAAAAGGAGUGAACACUAAACUUGAGUUGUAGAGAAACAAUUUAGAAUAUAAGGGAUUUAAAUUAACUAGAAAGAAAAUAGAAUAUAUGGAAUGCAAAUUUAGUAAAAAUGCAAGAGUGGAGGAUGUUAUAAUAAAAUUGGAAGACCAAAUCUUACAAAGAAAAGACUAUUUUUGAUAUUUGGGAUCAGUGAUUCAAAAAGAUGGAGAAAUUCACGAGGAUGUCACACAUAGAAUUAAGACAGGUUGGCUAAAAUGGAGAAAUGCAUCGAGGGUGUUAUGUGAUGGUAAAAUCCCAUUUAAAUUGAAAGAAAAAUUCUAUAGGAUAGCUAUAAGACCUGUAAUACCCCGUAUCUUCAUGAAGUUGCCAUGUAAUUUAGAUGAAUUUAAAAUACCGAAAAAUGGGUUUGAUAAUAAAAUAAAUUGCCAAAUUAGCUGCAGGGAAUGUCCCGAGACUGAGAUUUCAAAGGAAAAUAAUAUGUCAUUACUAAGCCUCCCGAGAUAGGAUUUUUAGUAUCAAAAUAAAUCGGAUCGAAUUUAAUUUUCGAUACAGCUUCAGUUCGGGCCGAAAAUUGAAUUGUUGGUAGGGAGUGCCUCGGAAUUUAGAUAUUUAAAAGAAAUGAUAUAUUAGAUUAUAGUUAUUUUUUUUAUAAAAGAUGUUAUGGUUAAAAAAAAAUAAUAAUAAAAAAAAUCAGAAAAUUGCAACGUGAGGCAUGGUCGCCUUCCACCAUUACUGUCAAAUCAGCGACCAGGGCAUGGCCGAGCCUGGCAUGGACGUGGGGGGGGGGGUCUCUAGCUCAUGCUACCCCUUGUGAUUGGUUGAGAGAGGCUCGGAUUUGACUAUAAAUAAUCGAGUUUUGGUUGAAGAUUUUCAUCAAAGUUCAUAAACUUAAAUCGAGAGUUUGGGAAGGAAUUGGAGCGUUUUGAUAAGGGGCUUUUGUUCCUUAGGUUGUGAGAAGCAAUUUUGGAAAUUUUGAGAGUUUUUGGAGUAGUAUAAAGGGUGUUUUCGCAUAUAUAUAUAUAUAUAUACACAUAUUGCAGGAGUGUUUAAAUCGGGUUGUAGAGUGAUUGAUCGAAGGAUCUAAUAAGGGGUUUUUGGUCGCGAGGCUAUGGACAGCUAAUCUGGAAAGUUUCGUGUCAAUCAGAGUUCGAAUCGAAGAUCAAUUUGGUUUGCUAGAGUUCGGUGGCGGGUGGCUUGGGCGGGCUGUUUUUGGCCAAAUCAGAGGGCUUUCCGACCAAGAUGGGUACCAUUGGGAUCGACUAAGGGAGAGGAGCAGUAUGGUGUCGUCGCUUCGAUUUUCUGGUGUGCCAUCGCCGGAGAAGAUGACCCGAGGGUAUCGUUGAAGCUCGAGGUUGAACUAUAGAGCGCCUGACACGAGAAUGGAGGUCAGGCACGCAUUUCGAGGAAUCUCGAAUUUAGCUAGAGGUACCAUCCUGAUAAGAAUGCAAAUGACCCUCAAGCAGCUGAUAUGUUUAAGGAGGUCACUUUUUCAUAUAAUAUUUUGUCUGAUCCAGAUAAACGCCGCCAGUAUGACACAGCUGGAUUUGAGGCCGUUGAAGCAGAAAAUCAAGAACUGGAGCUAGAUCUAUCGAGUUUGGGUGCUGUGAACACCAUGUUUGCUGCACUUUUUAGCAAACUUGGUGUGCCGAUCAAAACAACGGUUUCAGCAACUGUCUUGGAGGAGGCACUGAAUGGUAUGGUAACAGUUCGUCCACUUUCACUUGGUCAACCAGUGUUUAAAAAGGUUGAAAAACAAUGUGCUCACUUCUACUCUAUUAGCAUAACAGAAGAGGAAGCACGAUCUGGAUUUGUGUGCCGGGUACAAUCAUCAGACAAAAGCAAAUUCAAGCUAUUAUAUUUUGAUCAGGAAGAGAAUGGUGGUUUAAGCCUUGCACUUCAGGAGGAUAGUGCGAAAACAGGAAAGGUUACAUCUGCUGGGAUGUAUUUUCUUGGAUUUCCUGUUUAUCGAAUGGAUCAAGCAGCUAAUUCAGUGGCAGUUGCUAAGGACCCAGACACAGCCUUUUUCAAGAAAUUGGAUGGCUUUCAGCCAUGUGAAAUAACUGAAUUAAAGGCUGGGACCCAUGUGUUUUCUGUUUAUGGUGACAAUUUUUUUAGAAGUGCAAGCUACACCAUAGAGGCUCUAUGUGCUGCACCAUUUGCAGAGGAGAAGGAGAAUCUUAGAUCCGUGGAAGCUCAGAUUUUAUCCAAGAGGGUGGAACUCUCUAAGUUUGAAACCGAAUAUAGAGAGGUCCUGCAACAGUUCACGGAGAUGACAAGUAGAUAUGCGCAGGAAAUGCAAGAAAUCGACAAUCUUCUUAAGCAAAGGAACGAAAUUCAUGCCUCUUACACAAUUGCCCCACCAAUAAAACGGAGCAGUAGCAGAAACAAGAAUAGAAGUGCAGCGAAGGAUACCAAAGAAGACGGGCAAGCAAGAGAUAAGAGGUCUACAACAAGAGACAGGCUAAAGAAGAAGAAAUGGUACAACAUUCACUUGAAGGUGGACAAGCGGAAACCCUGCUGAAACGGGCUUAGAGCACGUGGGACAAUGGAGGGCCUUGGUUUAGUUAACAUUUUGUAUGAUUCCACGGUGAUAAACAGAUCGUUUGUUGCGCUCUUAAGAGAGAUUCUACACCCUUAGAAAAAGAUGGGAGGAAGCAUCAUCAUAUAGAAGCUAAGCUACACUUGGGGAAAUUGUUUUCUGCACAAGCAAGGAAAAGGUAGGGGGGGCAGCGGCCGGAAGUUCUGAACAAGGAGAAUAGCCGGUCCGUCUGAAGGUGAGGGGCGGCAGCAAGCCUGUAAAGCAUCGUUAGUUAUUUUAACCCAUAUAUGUCGAUGUAAAAUUAUUCACUUUGUUUGGACAUCUGCAUUAAUUAUGGUUCUCUUCGUUUUUAUUAUGAUGUCCCAGUUGUUCACCAGGCACCAUCAUCGUCAUCAUCAUCACAUAUAACCCCUCUGUAAAGAGCAUUCUGUUCAUCACGUCGUUCUUCGCCCCAACUCUUUGCAAUAUUAUCACUCUUUUGCUGCA